AUGCCUCCUCACACUAGGUCCCCCAGCUCGCCGAGCCUGCGCGAUCCCCCCAAGCAGGCCCUGGACGAGCUCCUUCUCUCUCGACCUUCGAUGUCUCAUCCGAAAUCUUCUCCCUCUCAUGCAUCCGUUCGCCGAUUUUCCACCCGCCGUCUUCGGCCCUCCGUCGCGUCAAUAGCAGACAUUUUUGUCGGCUCGCUGGUCCUGGCAGGUUUCUGCCAUGAGCACACCCCACGACACCGGAGCCUGUCCACAAUCCCCAUGAACAUGUCCGAGAAAUGUCUUCAAAGAUAUCGGGGCAAAGGUGUGACCUACCAUGGACAACACUCGGCCGGCAGACGUUGGGAGAAUACGGGAUGCUCGGUGCAGUCAUCGCGAGCCCGAUCAUGGCUGAGCACUGCUCUUUUACCAGCAGAAGAGCAGUCUCCUGCACAAAAUUACACAAAAUCUAUAGAGUCGCAACAGCGUGGGGGGAGUAAAGAUGGUGUGCGAUCUGUUUCAAGAGAAGCCGCAGACGAAGAACCACCUCGACAGAAUUGGCCGCGGUUGCUCGACUCAGCAACAGAUACAGAGAGCCCGGCAAACCAGUCAAAAGAAAUGUCUUUAAUCACACUGUCCUCGGACUCGAAAUUGUCCUCAGACCCUGAAAGUGGAGAAGGUCUCUCAUACGACCAAAAGAUGUAUUUUUUGAAUUCGAACCUUUACCGGAAGAUUCUAGGGGAUCAUUACGACUGGUCGGAGCCCAUGGACAUCGUUUUCCCGAAAGAUCGAGUACACCCGAAACGAGAAAUGAAUGGCUCCGCGGAUGAAACGGAUACCUACCACAGGCUGUCGGUUGCAAAACUGAUUCAUGUGCUGCUUCACGACAAAUCCCCGUCCACCUCAUACCUCUUUCGCCUGUAUAGAGAUAUUCCUGCGCCGGGUAUUGCGAAACUCCCCAGAAAGAUUCGCGGACAGCUCUUGCGGGUUUUUGCAAACACUCCAAAUCGACGAUGGUCCGAUGCCCGUCGCUACCUUGCGCUGGUACAAGACAUGAUUGCAUCGGAAAAAAGUAUGUCCCGUUCGAUGUGGACUUCCGCGGUACACUUUGCCAGUCGGGGAAGUGGCAGUGGCAGGGUUUUGAAGCGAGAUCUUGUGCGCGCGAUUGGUGUCUGGCAGCAGAUGGAACAUGUGGCUGGAAUUGAAGCAGACGACGUCGUUUUCAACAUCUUAUAUGAUACUGCCAUCAAGGCUGGCCAAUUCACGGUUGCCGAUCGACUCGAGAAGGAGAUGAAAAGACGCAAAGUCGACUUCACUCGCUUUGGACUAGUUGCUAAGAUUUCCUCUGCUGGCGUGCGAAAAGACUUGAAUGGCAUUACCGAAAACUUUCAGAAGUUCGUCAAGGCUGGUGAUCUUGUCGAUACUGUCGUGUUGAACAGUUUGUGCUCUGCGUUUAUUCGAGCGGGCGAUCCAUCUGCCGCGGAGCAGUUGUAUGGCCGCAUGAUCGAAGCACAAAAAGCCAAACUGGGCAGCGAUCGCUCAGUCACAGCCGAUGCAGGUCGUGUCGUGUUUGAACACGCCCUUUUUUCGGAGUUUUCUAAAUAUCGGGCCAACAGCAGGGCGUUUGGCGACUUUCUGAAGAAAUCCCAAGCUCUCAAGCACCGCCUCCCUGAGCAUCACCGGGCUCUUCAGGACUCUAUUCCGAUCACUCCAGACACACGCACUUUCUACAUCUUUCUACGAUAUUACGCACGCCAAAGUGGUCAGUUCGAUAAGUUCAUGUCAGUUCUUCGCGACAUGGAAAAUGCUUUCGCCGUGCCUCCCCACCAGAUCGUCUAUAUGACGCUUUUUGAAGGAUUCUCUAUCCAUGGCCUUCAGAAGAAGUCCUGGUCUGCUGAAAGACUUCGCCUAGUUUGGCACGCGUACCUACGGGCAUUGCGAACUUCAAAGGUGAGACUAGAUGCACAGCAACGGCACAGGCGUCCACAAAAAAUGUCAUGGGAGAACCCUCUGGCCAAGACAAUGCAUCUGGAUGAUGAACUUGACGAGGCGAUAGCCGAUGUAUCCGAUGAGUUCUACAUGCAUCUACCCUCAGCGAGUGGGGCUCAGCCAGACUCUGAACCUCAGCCCAGAAGGCCUGAUGAGUUUACAGAGCUUGAUAUGGCUGAUGGAAACGGCCUCGGCAUGGAUUGUGAAGUCUACGAACAGCCACAGGAUGGCAACUCUCUCGAAACAGACUUUGAGAUUGCUCGAGACGAGUUCUCCAUCUCUGAAUUACCACGCCCUGAUCCAAUCAGCAUUCGCACACACCAACCUGACGACCUCGACAAGUAUCUGGAGAAUGGGGUUUUUGUGGGCCGCAAGAUGAUUGUUGUUAUUUUGCGUGCAUUUGGUGCCUGCUAUGGACCAAAAGAGGUCAUGGAGGCUUGGCUGCAGCUGGAGCGACUUUGGCACCCUCAUCAUCGCAAGGCUGCCGAUGUGCUCGCUGUCAAAGAGGAGCUCGACAAGCAGAUGUCGAAGGGUCCUCGCCCCAAUGUAACAUAA